AUGGACUACAUUUCGGCCCCCGUUGCCCCGUGCCAACCAGCCGCUUCACCUAUUGACUCCUGGGCCGGUGGACAAUGGGGCUGUUCCUCGCUCGUCCCCGGGACAAAAAACCUCCGUCCCUCUUCUACCCCCGGGCCUGGAGAGGACGAGGACGGACGUCCAACUAGGAGCGGAUUACAACCUGGUUAUAUUUAUAUUCAAAACCAGAAGCCCUGCCGCCCGGACCUGCUUAUCAAUACUGACUCCUUUACACAGGUAGCUUUGCAUAAACAACAUUUAUUACACCUGGACCGGUCCAUUUAUAAGCAACAAGUGCUUCCUUAA